UGAAUUUUCCAAAGAACGUGAAAAAGCUAAAAAACGUGGUAAAUACCAAAAAGCUAGAGAACAAAUGCAAUUUGAAGAAGAUGUCCAAGGUUAUUUGGAUUGGAUUAGUGCCGCUGAAGAUAUUAGUGAUGAUGAAGAGACAACAAAUAAAGAAGAUGAAAAAGAGAAAAAAUUUCGUUGGUGUGCUGCAUGUCGAACCACUUCAUCAUCAUCAUCAUCAGCAAAUGAUGACUUUGAAGAAGAAGAAGAAGACCCAUCUGAGCAUGGAUUAGAUGAUGCAGGUGGCGGCGGUGGUGCUGGUGGUGGUGCAGGACAUCGUAAUCAAUCAUCAUCACAACAACAUCAAUAUUUCUUUUGUAUUCCAUUGAAAGGAAGACGAUCACGACGUUGGAAUCGUCGUUGUCGACGUUCAUGUCGACGACUUGUUAAAUCACAAACAUUUUAUUGGAUAGUUAUAGUUUUGGUAUUUUUAAAUACUGGUGUUCUUACUUCGGAACAUUAUGGACAACCUUUAUGGCUUGAUGAUUUUCAAGAUAUGGCCAAUAUUGUAUUUGUCGUGUUAUUUUCAAUUGAAAUGUUAAUUAAAAUGUACAGUUUAGGCAUUCGUUGUUAUUUUGAUUUUAUGUUUAAUCGAUUCGAUUUUUUUGUGGUAAUUUGUAGUAUUAUAGAAGUUGUAUUAAUACAAACUAAAGUAAUGCCACCACUUGGUGUCUCUGUGCUACGUUGUGCACGUUUAUUACGUGUAUUCAAAGUAACAAGAUAUUGGAGUAGUUUACGUAAUUUAGUUGGUUCACUGCUGGCCAGUUUAAAAUCUAUUGUCAGCUUAUUAGUUUUAUUAUUUCUAUUCAUUGUAAUUUUUGCAUUACUCGGUAUGCAAUUAUUCGGUGGAAGAUUUAAUUUUCCACGUGAAGAAAAGCCAAGAUCAAAUUUUGAUAGUUUUUAUCAAUCAUUAAUUACGGUGUUUCAAAUUCUAACUAGUGAAGAUUGGAACGAAGCAAUGUACAAUGGGAUACGUUCUUAUUCUAAUAGUCGUGUUGGUAUUAUGGUCUGUUUAUAUUAUGUCAUCUUAUUCAUAUGUGGAAAUUAUAUACUACUCAACGUGUUUCUUGCUAUUGCUGUAGACAAUCUAGCUGAUACUGGUCAAAUGGAAGAGAAAAAAGACACCGCUGAUACAGAUGGUGAAAAAUCUGAUAAUAAUAAUAAUAUUAAUAAUAAUAAAGACAAUGAAAUUGGUAUUGUUAACAGUGAAAAUCUCAUCGUAGGUGAUAAUGAAAAAGAGAAAUUGAAUAUGAAUAAUGUUGAUGUUGAUGAUGAUAAUCGUAGACUAUUGACUGGAACAAUGAAUUCCGAUAAUAAAUUUGCUGAAGUACAUCAUGAAUUUAAUGAUGUGACACAAUUAUUAGAUCAAUUGAACUUAGAUCCAAUCAAUGAAGAAGCGAAUCUUGAUCGAUCCAUGUUUGAUAGAGACAAUGAACAAAGAACCUAUGAUAAAGACAAUCAAAGUAGAGAAAGUCUUAAUGAUGCUGACGAUGCUGACAAUGCUGACGGUGACGGUGACGCUGACGGUGAUGACAAUAGAAGUCGCGAUGAAAAUGAUGUAAAAAUAAAAGAUGCAACGAAUAGUUCCAGACGUCAUUCAGAGAUUAGUUCAACAAAAAAAAUUAAACCAAUCCCGAAUGCAUCAUCAUUUUUUAUAUUUAGUCCAACUAAUCCAUUUCGUGUAGCAUGUCAUGAAAUUUGUAAUCAUAAUUAUUUUAAUAAUAUUGUUCUUGUGUGUAUUCUGGUUAGCAGUGCUAUGCUUGCUGCUGAAGAUCCAUUAGAUGCAUCGUCAGCACGUAAUCAGAUUUUAAACUACUUUGAUUAUUUUUUCACUUCAGUAUUUACAGUGGAAAUUACUCUGAAGAUUAUUACCUAUGGUUUGGUAUUACAUAAAGGAGCAUUUUGUCGUAGUGCAAAUAAUAUGUUAGAUUUUAUGGUAGUUAUGACAUCGAUUAUUUCUUAUCCAAUUGACAUUGAUACAAUAUCAGUAGUGAAAAUAUUACGAGUAUCUCGUGUUCUACGACCAUUAAGAGCAAUUAAUCGUGCAAAAGGUUUAAAAUUUGAUGUAUUUUUUUCCUUUUAUUUCCUUGUAUUCUUUCCUAGUGGUCAAUACAUCACCUACGAAUUGGGUGAUAUAAAUCGACCUGUGGUUCUAGCACGUGUAUGGUUAAAUAAUCCAUUGAAUUUUGACAAUGUACCAAAUGCUAUGUUAACAUUAUUUGCUGUAUCCACUUUUGAAGGUUGGCCUGGUUUGCUUUACAGAUCAAUUGAUUCCUAUGCUGAAGAUUAUGGAAGUGUAUACAACAACAGGCCAAUUGUUGUGAUCUUUUAUGUGGCUUAUAUUAUUGUGAUAGCAUUUUUUAUGAUUAAUAUCUUUGUUGGUUUUGUUAUUGUCACAUUUCAACAAGAAGGUGAACAAGAAUAUAGAAAUUGUGAAUUAGAUAAAAAUCAACGUAAAUGCAUUGAAUUCGCAUUGAAAGCUAGACCAGUGAAACGAUAUAUACCGAAAGAGAAUUUUCAAUAUCGUAUCUGGUGGUUUAUAACAUCACAACCAUUUGAAUAUUGCAUUUUCAUCUUUAUAUUGAUUAAUACCAUUUCGUUAGCAAUGAAAGUUGAAGGACAACCGAAUGCUUAUGCUGAUGCAUUGGAUUAUUUGAAUAUGAUAUUUACUGGUGUAUUUACUGUGGAAUUUGUAUUGAAAUUGACAGCGUUUGGUUUUAAGAAUUAUUUUAGUGAUCCAUGGAAUGUAUUCGAUUUCAUUAUUGUUGUCGGUAGUUUCGUCGAUAUUAAUAUGUCACAUCUUGCUGCAAAUUCAAAAUUUAUUAGUAUCAAUUUUUUUCGUUUAUUUCGUGUAAUGAGGCUAGUGAAAUUAUUGAAUCGUGGUGAAGGUAUCAGAACACUUUUAUGGACAUUUGUUAAAUCAUUUCAGGCUCUACCAUAUGUUGCCCUAUUGAUUAUUAUGUUAUUUUUUAUCUAUGCUGUUAUUGGUAUGCAAAUGUUCGGGAAAAUUGCUUUAAUCAAUUCAGAUAGUUCAAUUAAUCAUAAUAAUAAUUUUCAAACAUUCCCCCAAUCGUUAUUAGUGUUAUUUCGUUCAGCAACUGGUGAAGCAUGGCAAGAGAUUAUGUUAAGUUGUGUAAAUGAUCAUACAGUUAAAUGUGAUCGUUACUCGGAUACUGAAAUGAAAGCAAUACGUAGUUUUCUAGAUGAAAAAUUUCCUUCUGAUACAAUCAAUACUACUUUGCUAACAGAAUAUAAUUUUUUACAAAAAAAUCAAAGUAUUGAUGAUAAUAAUUCCACCGCAAAUGUUACACCUAUCAUUACACCGAUCAAUCAAUACCACAUAGAUAAUAGUAAUAAUAAUAAUAAUAAUAAUAAUAAUCACAGACCACCACCAAUCAAAUCAUUGUACAAUCAUGAACAAGAUAUUAAGAUUAACAAUCAUAAUAAUAAUCAUAAUAAUAAUAAUAAUCAUUCUUUAUGGGAUACAUUCAACAAUGAAUUAAUUGAUCCGAACUCAUUAUCGAUUUAUUCACAUCCUUCGGCAUUAUUAUUCCCAUUGGAACAUCCUACCGAUUGGUCGAAUUCCUUCACCUCAUCAGCCUCGUCGUCAUCAGCAUCAGCUGAUUAUAAACAUCCAUUAGACAAUGGGAUUUAUCCACCGGAUUUUAUUCAUCGAUAUUAUAGACAUUUAAAUGAAAUGAAUGAAGAGAAUGUUAGCAUCGCGAUCAGUUCAUCGUCACAACUGUCAGCAGCAUCCUCCUCAUCAUCAUCGGUGUUAAAAUCAAACAAUGCACCACCUAUUGAAUUAUUGGAUGAAAGAACAAUUAGUAUGAAAAAAUUAGAAGAAUUAGGUUAUAAUGGACCACGUGCAACAUGUGGUUCAAAUUUUGCUUAUCCAUAUUUUAUAUCUUUCUAUAUGGUUUGUUCAUUUUUGAUUAUUAAUUUAUUUGUUGCUGUUAUUAUGGAUAAUUUUGAUUAUUUAACACGAGAUUGGUCAAUAUUAGGUCCACAUCAUUUAGAUGAAUUUAUACGUUUAUGGUCAGAAUAUGAUCCGGAAGCAAAAGGACGAAUUAAACAUUUGGAUGUAGUGACUUUACUUCGUAAAAUAUCUCCACCAUUAGGUUUUGGUAAAUUAUGUCCACAUCGUACUGCAUGUGUGACUUUAGUACGUAUGAAUAUGCCAUUGAAUAGUGAUGGCACUGUUAUGUUCAAUGCCACAUUGUUUGCAUUGGUUCGUACUAAUUUAAAAAUUAAAACUGAAGGUGCAGCAAUUGAUCAGCUAAAUGAAGAAUUACGUGCUGUCAUUAAAAAAAUUUGGAAAAGAACAAGUAAUAAAUUGUUAGAUCAACUUGUUCCUCCUGCAGGUGGAAAUAAUGAUGUAACAGUUGGUAAAUUCUAUGCUACAUUUUUAAUACAAGAAUGGUUUCGACGUUGGAAACAAAAGAAAGCUGAAGAACAAAAAGCUUUAAUGCAUGGACAAGGUAAAAGACACUCAAUUAUGCCAUUUAAAAAUUUCGGCAAACCAACCACCGGUCUACUUGAUGCACAAACUGCUUCUAUGAAUAUUCUACUACCACCUCCAUCGGAAGAAACCAGUAAACGUGGCAGUUCAGGCAGUAUAGGUGAUGGUGGGGGCGGAGGUGAUACACAUCAUAGUUUAUUAGAUUCAGUGAAAAAUGUUAUACAUCGUGUUGGUAGUUCACGGCGUCAUUCAGAAGUAUCACAAACUAAUGAUCGUGAAAAAUCUUUCUAUGAAUCAGGUGAUAAAAAAUUACCAUUAACUUCUAAUCAUUUACAACCGACAUCAACAUUAACAACAUCAAAUGAAGCUUUGAAAUUAUUAAAAACAGCAUCAAAAACAUUUAUACCGGAUUAUUUAAAUGCAGCUACUACCACAACUAUCACGUCAACAACAACACAAAGAAGUAUAUUACCAACUAUUAAUCAAGGAAGUCAUGAUGAUGAUGAUGAUGAAGAUGAUGAUCAAGAUGAACUAGUUGACAAUGAUGAAUUUCGUGGUGGUAUGCAUAAAAUUAUAGAUGGAAAAAUAAUGAUGAAUACAGAAAGGCAUAAUAAUUAUUCUAUGCAGCCAAAUCAAUAUCAUUUAUUAAAUGAAAAUCUAUCACAAAAACAAUAUUUAUCAAUGAAUCCAACGUUGUAUACAGAUAGAAGAAAUAUGAAUCGCCCAUUAUCAAGUCAUCAAUCCAACUCUGGAUUAGAUGAUUUAAUCAAUCAUUAUCCAGUAUCAUCUAUUCCUAAUACACAUCAUCGACCGAAAUCUAUGCAUCGACCGGAUCAAUUUCAACCAUCAUUCCAUACUGGUGAAGGUAAUGAUUUAACAACAACUCAUUUGAUUACAUUAAAUGAUGAUCAUAUAAGGCAUAGAGAAAAUAUUCGAUUGAAUGAUGAUGAAGACCAAGGCGACGAAGACAAUGAAGAUGUUGAAGGAGAUGGUGAAGACGGCGAAGACGAAGAUGGAGGAGAUUUGUUUUCAACAAUACGAAGUGAAACACCUAGUCCAGCACCAUCUAUUGCUGCAGCUAUUCUAAGACCAAAUUAUUAUCAAGUUUUUGAUGAACAGAAAUCAAUGAAACAUAGAAAGCUGUUAUUAAAUCCAUCUGAUUUUACAGUGUAUACUAGUAUACCAAGAAAUUUAAUGAUGAAUAGAUUAAUGAAUAAAACCGGUGGUAAUCCUAGUGGAUAUUCGAAUGGAACAGUAGUGAAUAAAGAUUUAGAAGAAUUAUUGGAUUUACCAAAGACUAUGUGGACUGCUUGUUUACCAGACACCCAACCAAUACAUGAAAGCUCUCAUGUCAAUCGACAACAACAUAAGCAUUACAAACGUCAACUACCUCAAAUACCGUCAGAAGUGAAUAAAAUAGAUGUUCGAGAUACUACUACUAAUAAUAAUAAUAAUAACUAUUGUCAAAUAUCUAACAACUCUGUAGGAGGAAUGAAGAUGAAUACAACACAAUCUAAUCUUAUGCAUGAAUCACAAUCACAACGUAAUAAUCAAUCUCAGUUAGUAGAAGAUAAUUCUGUUAUUGUAUAUCAACCUCCAACAAUUGAUCCACAUGGACCAGCACCAAAUCCUCCUGUUAACUGUUCUACAUUAAUUGAAUCUAUUUUUUUAUCAUCUUCACCAAAGCAUAAUCAUCAUCAUCAACAUCAUCAAGACGCGAGUGUAGUAGCAAUGAAUAGAGAAUUAUCACAAAUGUAUGCGAGACAACCAACAACUGCUAGACAAAAUUGGUUAAAUCAAUUAGUUGUUAACGAUUUGCCUAGUAGAUCCGAUCAUUCUCAUCAUCAACAUCAGCAACAAUCAAUCCAACCAACACAAGACUGGUCUUAUCUUAAUCAUGUCACUCCAUUAUUACCAACACAUCAACAUCAUCAGUUAUCAUCAAAACAACAUUCACCUCCACCGCCACCAGCACCGAAACCUACGCUAUUCUUUUAAAGAAUAGAUCAAAUGAUCAUUGAUCAAUCAUUUAAACAAACAAAUUCAAUUGUUCAAUUUUCAUUCCAUUCAAUUCAAUUCAAUGUUGAAGCAAAAACAAUGAAAAAUUCUACAUAAAAUAAAAAA